UCAGGGACGGAUCUGGUCAAGGACGUCAUAUCCUAUCUGAUGGCGGCCGCCGAGAAAACCUUUACUAUAUAAUUUCUAGUAGGGACCUUUACUGUCUAUGCAAGAUACAUGAAACAUGACAUGUAACCAAAACUGACAACUUGAUCCCCCCCCCUACGAAUUAACGGCACAAUUUACACUAGGCUCAUAGGAAACCUAUAUUUUGGCCAUGACAUGAGACCAGUAACUCAUUUUCAAGAUCUCAGGUGGUCAGCUAACAACGAACUUGUUUAUUACAAUUGAGGACCGUGCUUAGGAAGCAGAUUGGAAGAAGAGAACAUGGCGAUGCCAAGAACUGGAUCCCUUUUGUCUGCCCGACUGCUAGGGACAUUUCCUAAACAACUCGUCUGGGCGUCUGCUUCCCCUUGGUCUGUGAUAUUGAGGAAUCAUCAAAGCGGAUAUCGGCGACCUGGUCAGCCCAAGGACAAAAGAUGGCUAUGGCAAAGGAUUAAUUUCGACUUCUCUAAGGGGGUAGAUUCAGUGGAGAAACACCUGGGACUGUUAAAAGAUGAGUUUCUGCAGCGCUGGGUCGGUCCCGAAGGCAAGCCUCUUGUUGAGCACAUGCUGGAACAGACACGGGUGAUGUGGGAAUUUCGUGGCCCACCCAGUUUGAAUCAGUGGAUUGUCUCCUCUGAUCAGGAGAUUGGUGGUCGCAGUGAGAUAUACCUGAAACUGAGCAGAAACAAUACCACCGCUCUGCUAUACGGCACGCUAUGCUCUGUCCCGCCAAGGGAUGGAGAAACUCGAUACAGUGGAUACAUCUCGAUGCGCUCACGGCAGCCUCGUGGUUUGCUUGACAGGAAGAAACCCCAUGACCUGUCCAGCUUUAACACGUUACACCUGCGCAUACGUGGUGACGGGCGACCUUGGAUGAUAAACAUUGGAUCAGAAGGCUACUUCUCCCAUCAGCAAGAUGACAUGUACAGUUAUUUCCUAUACACACGGGGUGGCCCAUACUGGCAAGAUGUCAAGAUCCCGUUUUCGAAGUUUUUUAUGUCCAGUCGAGGAAGAAUACAGGAUAUUCAGCAUGGUCUUUUCUUAGACAAGAUGAACACCAUUGGAUUUACACUGGGGGACAAAGCAGAUGGACCAUUCCAGCUUGAGAUUGAUUUCAUUGGAGUGUGUAAUGACCCUACCCACACUGAGGAGUUUGCUUAUGAGAUUUAUAAGAGAAAUCCAGAGGUGUGAUGUGCAUGGAGCACUGCUGCUGCACCUUCAUAAAGACUCAAUCACAGUAACUCGAAUUGGCUAUUUAAUGAAACAAUUAAAGUACCUAAUAUGAAGUUAUUUUCUCCCAAUGUAGCCCAUUUAAUUUAAGACAGCAACAGACUUAAAAAGUCAAAUGUUUUUUUAAAAGCAAAUAUUUACAGUUUUGCCAAAGCGUUUGCUCAGAAAGAGGGGUUAAAAAAAACAACCAAACACAUAUCUUUCCAAGGAUAAAGGGGAAAUGUACAGGGUUUCUAUGCAUACAUGUAUAAAAAAAAAGUAAUAUGCCAGAAUUAAGUCACGUUUAAGCCUCUUCUGGCUCCCAGCAUCUUCUCCUUCUUCUGCUUCCGGUCUUCUGUGUGUUUCACUCGCCGGUUCUCCCUGGGGUAUCAAACAGUGGGGGUCAGAUACUACUCAAACACUACUGAUGGGCUCUCACUAAUAAAGUGCAUGCAAUACUGCCUCUGCCAUUCUCCCAGUAAACUGCUCUAUUCUCAGCAUAUCAGAUUAAUCAAAUCCAGGUUACACCGGCAACUGUUUAACAUUGUAUAUUGUCAUAGACCAAGAUCAUAUAGGAUGAUGUGAUUCACCUUGUCUGUACUUGGUGCUGUUUGUAAUUCUUCUGGUGGGACGGAACUGACGGAGCUGUCUGAGACUUGUUGAGGGUGUUCUGAGUUUCUCCAAAUGGCUUGAGUUUUCCUGUUCGAAGACAGAGAUAAGAACAGUAAGCAAGCUUGCAUCUACUGCUUAAUAAAGCCUUGAGCGAAUAAAGACAUGAAACUCA